CGCGGCAAUCCGAUGCAUCUAAAUCAUGAGCUGUACGCGAAACUGGAAAAUUUGUGGCUGAAUCAGGCGAUUGCCGAAGAAGUUGUCAAUCAGUAUGAGAUAGAUCAUCGCAAUAUUGGAUUUGAAUGGCAGCAUUUCUAA